ACUGGGAGGAAAUAUCACAAGUAUUAAGUCAUAUCUGAAGUUCAAAACAACACAUUUCUCAAAUCAAACCAGGCCACAACUUUUCUGCUUCAUUUAAGCGAUAUUGUUGCAGUGCGUAUUUUAUCCUCUGAAUAUACCUAACCAUGUAGAUGGACUGCAUUUAUUUAGUGCUUUCAGUGACUACUCAAAGCGCUUUACAAUAUUGCCUAACAUUCAUUCCCACACCGACGGCGGAAUCAACCAUGCAAGACGACAGCCAGCUGCUCGUCUGGAGCAGUCGGGGUGCAGUCAGGGUCAGGCUUCUGGGACACCUUGACUCUCAGCUAGGAGGAAACGGGCAUCGAACUAGAAACCUUCCCUUUAACAGCCAACCCAGUCUACCUCCUGAGCUAAAUGCCUGUUGCAGGCCUAACACAUGAAUGUUGUUUUCGUGGCUUGGCUUCGAAAUCGAAAGUGAAAGAAUGGCUCAAGAAUAGUUCAACUCCAUUUUGUGUUGAGGAGCAGGCAACACAACACUGGACAGAGCCAAGCUUAAGGGACACGCCAUGAGUAAUUAUAUUCGUGUAUGGGAUCGAGCAGAACCCAAGUACAAAGGCUUGAGAAACCAGGGCUCCACCUGCUACCUGAACAGCGUGCUUCAAGUGCUCUUCAUGACCAAAGAAUUCAGAGACGCUGUCCAAAGUGAAAGCUCCUACAUCGAUGCUCAGCUCAAAGAUCUCUUCCUUCAGCUGAAGACCAGUUCUCCCACUACGGAAAACAUCAUCUGCAAACUUGGGAUAGAAAAUGUAUGGGAGCAGCAAGAUGCGGCCCAGUAUUUUGAGAAGAUUCUCAGUCUGGCGAGUCCUGAGGCCUCAAAGGUUUUCCAUGGAAGGUUAAUUCACCAGACAUCAUGUUUGUGUGGCGAUCGCACUAAUGAACACAAUUCAUUUUGGACUCUUAAUCUCCCGAUUAACAAUGCCCACAAUGGAGUUUAUAACGUGGAAGACGGGUUGAAAGGAUUUUUCAGCCAAUCAACGUUAACCGGAGACAACCAAGUGUACUGUGAUAAGUGCGAGGCCAAAAGAGACACCACGACUGAAUGUGAAGUAGAACUCUAUCCAAAGGUUAUUGUGCUGCUGCUCAAGAGAUUUGAGUUCAACUACUGCAUAAUGGACUACGUGAAAAACGACUGCCCUGUGGAUGUUCCUCUGGGCAUUGAAAUGGCAAAGGGUGUGAGCUAUGAGCUCUAUGCCACCGUGGACCAUGUGGGCAACCUGAGUGGUGGCCACUACACAGCCACCAUCCAGUCUCCAGACGACGGAGGCUGCUGGUACGACUUCAACGACUCCAGGGUUGCACCGAAAAACAACUUUAAUCCAGAAAGGAGCCAGAGCGGCUAUCUCCUUUUUUACAGAAAGAGAGAAAGACAAAUGAGUGAUUCACCUCAGGAGGACCACCACGGGUCGUCUGUGGACCCGGUCGAGUCGGAGACCAUUCUGAACAACGCUGACGAUGGCAACGCUGAUCUUACUAAGCGUGUUGAUGUUGAGAGAGGUGAUGAUGUCAGGAAGGGGGUUGAUGAUCCUGAGAGUGUUGAUGUUGAGAGAGGUGAUGAUGUCAGGAAGGGGGUUGAUCUCAGUGAGCGUGGUGAGGACACAGGAGGUGAUGAGGUCACAGUGGGGGUUGAUGUCCCUGAGGGUGUUGAGGUCACAGGAGGUGAUGAGGUCACAGAGGGGGUUGAUGUCACUGAGCGUGGUGAGGUCACAGAGGGGGUUGAUGUCCCUGAGCGUGGUGAGGUCACAGGAGGUGAUGAGGUCACAGAGGGGGUUGAUGUCCCUGAGGGUGGUGAGGUCACAGGAGGUGAUGAGGUCACAGAGGGGGUUGAUGUCCCUGAGGGUGGUGAGGUCACAGGAGGUGAUGAGGUCACAGAGGGGGUUGAUGUCCCUGAGCGUGGUGAGGUCACAGGAGGUGAUGAGGUCACAGAGGGGGUUGAUGUCCCUGAGGGUGGUGAGGUCACAGGAGGUGAUGUCGUGGCGGGGGACCCUCGAACAUUGGAGAGUGCGAGGUUAGACGGGAAGGGUGGCGAGCGCAUUAAGAGAGACGAAGAGCUUCCGACCAAUGAGAUGGAGUCUCGCAAACCAGGUGAUCAAGCUGGCCAACAGGAAGCCAGCGGCACUGCCCCACCGCUCAGCGAUCUGAAGGGCCGUGUUACCGAGAGGAGGAGGGGGGAGGAGGGGCAGACGGAGGGCGGAGUAAUACAGAAGACUGACGAUGGCCACGAUAGCGGUGGUGAUGACCACCACAGUACACCCUCCUCCUCUGAGCCAAUGGAUGAACGGCCAGUGUCGGCGGGGAGCAGUGAUGUCGGGCCGGGGGACCCUCUACUAACGAAGAGUGAGAGGUCAGACCGUAAGGGUGGCGAGCGCAGGACAACAGGUGUAGAGGUUCCGACCAAUGAGAAGGAGUCUCGUGAACCAGGGGAUCAAGCUCGUCAACAGGAAGCCAGCGGCACCAUCCCAAAAGUCAGCGAUCCAGAGAGCAGGGUUAACGAGAGGAAGAGGGGCCGGAGGGAAAGUAUGGAGCUUAUGGAAGUCCGUGAGGAGGGGGAGGGGGAGGGCGGAGUAAUACAGAAGAAACAUAGAAAAGUCUUUGACAUUCCAAACUGUUUCUCCGGAUUGUGUUUGAGCUCUAGGCCGAGAUUGGCAAAGCGUAAACAGAGACUGGGAAGUAAGGCUGACAAGGUCAAAGUUAAAAAAUCAAUUAAAAAGAGACUAAAGAAUAAUGGCUUUUUGUGUUACAAUAAGCAGACCUCGGAUACAGAGUAAAAGGCAGUUUAGGCUUUUAAACAUUCCGGUUUUGCAUUGAACAGGUAUUUGAACGUUGUUGCAGGAUUCAAAGCUGAAUUGUGCCUUGGUUAGUGAAGUUAAGCUGGUUAGUAAAAUGAAAGAGCACCAGCAUGUGUUUUUUUGGUGACACUAUCCCUUUUUGACCGGCACGAUGAUUACUAUUAAAGCCGUGACUAUGUUUAAUCAAUCUUUUUUUUAAAUCAUUCUUGUGUUUUGUUCUGGUUUCAUAGUUUCGGUGUGCUGUUUGUUAGACAUGGCCCAAAAUAAGCAUAGAUAAUAAGCACUUUUGGUGGGCUAAGAUAUUCACAUGAAGGACAAAAUAUAGGAAACAACGCUUUAUAAUUAUAUGGUCAUUUCGAAACACUUAUUUUGGGGGAUGAUGGAUCGAUGGAUAAUAAAAAAUAACUUUUCAAUCGCACAAUUUACUGGUCGUGAAUCAUUGCUUUUCUUUCUUCUUAAGACUGAAGCAUUAAAAAAUGGAUUAUUAAAGGC